AAAGGGUAAUUGGACACCGGCGGCGGCCACGACGACAGUAGCAAAAGUGAGGAUGUUGUCUAUUUGCUCAAUCAAAAAUCCCCAAUUACCGCACUUCUUCCCCCGCUCACCUUCCUCAACUCUUCAUUCUCUUCUCAAACUCCAACUCUCAGCUCCCCUGCUGAGCUUUAGUACAAACCAAACCCAUCCCCUUUCCUCUUCACCUCGAAUUCAUCGCCACCUUGUUGCUAUGGCCGCCGAGCAUUCCACCGCUGCCUCUGUGCCCAAUUCUUCAAUGAAGCUCCUUUUUGUUGAAAUGGGCGUUGGCUAUGAUCAACACGGGCAAGACAUUACUUCAGCUGCAAUGCGGGCUUGUAGGGAUGCAAUUUCUUCUAAUUCAAUCCCUGCAUUCAGGAGAGGAUCAGUACCUGGUGUUACCUUUGAUCAGAUGAAGCUUGAGAUUAAACUGGGAGUUCCACGGUCUCUCCAACACUUGCUAGAUAUUGAGAAGAUCAAGUCUGUCUUUCCAUAUGGAAAAAUUACGAACAUUGAAGUUGCUGAUGGUGGACUAAUAUGCUCAAGUGGUGUACACGUUGAAGAGAUGGGAGAUAAAAAUGAUGACUGUUAUAUAGUAAAUGCAGCUGUUUAUGUUGGUUACUGAUCUUUCUCAUUUUGAAGGCCUAAGUUGGUUAUGCUGAUCAGUUAAGAGACGGUGGCUUAUUCUGUCCGAGAAAUUUGCAGGGAUCUCAUAUGCGUGUGGCAAUAAUUUUUGUAUGGAGUCUAGGUGAAAGUAGCGGGAUGCUUGUACACAUCCUAAAUUGGAUCCUGUCUUGUGUUACAUUUCUGGUGAAAUAGAAAUUGCACUCUUUGAGUUUCUAUCCCCCAAA